AUGAAUGUCAACAAUAGCUACAAGUCUAUCUCUCAAUCCUCCAUCCUUAAUUUGAAGGCAGAGCUUUUUAAAAAAAAGGCGUCCAUUCAGCAAGUUUCCAAUGCCAAUUUAAAUCAGGAUCUCUAUUUUUCAGUGAAGCCCAAAGUUUCGCCAUCUCCUGUUGAAGAAGCUCAAAUACCACCGCCAAAAAAAAGCGGCCCCCCACUGGAAAAGCCUCUCAAUGAAAAGAUCAAGUUGUCUCUCAAUAUGAAGGCGGAAAAAUACCGCAAGCUUUUGUUAAAAUCGACAUAUGAAGAUUACGAGCCACUAGAGGAAGAUUCUCUUGUCGAUUUUUCAAGAAUGCCAGUUGAAGACACAGAAAAACUGCUUUCUCGUCUAAUCAGGGAAGAAGAAAACAACGAGGAAGUAAUCCACUCUCAGGGUCCUCAACAUAUCCUCACAUUUGACGAUCCACUUGAGGAAGUUAUUGAUGAAUUUGGAAGGACGCGGAUGGUCCCCCGUCAUGAGGCCAUUAGGAUAAAACAUGAGCAGGAUGUGCAUGGAAAUUCUCCAAUCCCCCUCAGCAUGAGUCCAAUGGUACAAGAUGAGUACAAACCAGUUCAAAAUGCCCAUUAUUCUGAGGACUUUGAAAUUCGAACCAAGUCCGUAUUCUUCUACAGGUUUUCUGCCAACGAGGACAUGCGACAAGAGCAAAUGAAGGCCCUCCGUGCGCUUGAAUCGCUAUCUGAUACACAAAGAGCUGCCGUGCAACAAGCAAAAAGACUCGAUUUGCACCGACGAGCAAAUCGUAAAGAAAUUAUUUUGAGUAAGAGGCAAGAAUUUAUCUCCUUGAUGUGCGUGCACCCCUUAACUGAAGUAUGA